AUGGCAUCCAAACCGCUCGUCACACACAUCUACACGGCGGACCCAUCCGCCCACGUCUUCGAGGGGAAACUGUACAUCUACCCCUCGCACGACCGCGAGACGGACAUCAAGUUCAACGACAACGGCGACCAGUACGACAUGGCCGACUACCACGUCCUCUCCCUCAGCCAACCCGGCGGCCCGGCCACGGACCACGGCGUCGCGCUGUCCGCCGGCGACGUACCGUGGGUGUCGAAGCAGCUGUGGGCGCCCGACGCCGCGACCAAGAACGGGCAAUACUACCUGUACUUUCCCGCGCGCGACAAAGCGGGCAUCUUCCGCAUCGGCGUGGCCGUCGGCGACCGGCCCGAGGGGCCCUUCAAACCGCAGCCCGAGCCCAUCAAGGGCAGCUACAGCAUCGACCCGGCGUCGUUCGUUGAUGAAGAUGGUAAAGCGUAUCUGUAUUUUGGUGGCAUUUGGGGCGGCCAGCUGCAGUGCUACAGGCCUGACGGCAGCUUCGACGAGACGCAGAUCGGGCCCCACGAGCCCAGCGGCCCGGGCGUGCCGGCGCUGUGCCCGCGUGUCGCGCAGUUGACGGAGGAUAUGCUGGAGUUUGAGGGGGAGCCGAGGGAGUUGCGGAUUUUGGAUGAGAAGGGGGAGUUGUUGGCGGCGGAUGAUCAUGACAGGCGCUUCUUCGAGGCGGCGUGGAUGCACAAGUACGCUGGCAAGUACUACUUCUCGUACAGCACGGGCGAUACGCAUUAUCUGGUCUAUGCGACGGGGGAUAGCCCGUUGGGCCCGUUCACGUAUCAGGGGAGGAUUUUGGAGCCGGUGCUGGGGUGGACGACGCAUCACUCCAUUGUGGAGUUUGAGGGCAGGUGGUGGUUGUUCUACCACGAUUGUGAGUUGUCGGGCGGCGUGGAUCAUCUGAGGAGCGUGAAGAUGAGGGAGAUAUUCUACGACGCCAAGGGGAGGAUAACGCUUACGCCGCCGUAG